GGUGUGGAGUGUACGAUACAACCACUUUCAUGAUCAGCUGGUACUUUCAUCAAGCAGUGAUUCCAGGGUAGUGUUGUCUAGAGUUGUCUCAAUUUCUUCUGAACCUUUUGGCCAUCUGGUGGAAGAAGAGGAAAGCCUGAAUGGUCACGAAGAAAGUGUUCAGGAAAGGAACCUUGAAGAUGGCGUCAUAGCAACGUACGAAGAACACGAAGACAGUGUUUAUGCAGCAGAAUGGUCCAGUGUCGAUCCGUGGUUGUUUGCUUCGCUCAGCUACGACGGAAGGCUCGUUCUGAACAAAGUUCCUCGAGCAGAGAAAUAUAGAAUACUACUUUAAAUUUAUCAUGGAAGGAUGUACGUGUGCCUAAUAAUUUAGUGACUGUAUCAGUAACGUGUAAUCUUAUACAGACAUCAUGGUCAGGGAAAGGUGUCCUUAAAAUAUCAGGUUUGCAAGUCCAGAUGGAAGUUGUGGUUAAAAAAUAAUACCGACAGACUAAACAACCGAAUGAAAUUAUAAACUUUUAGAAGCAAUCUGUCGGACGUUUGAAAACAUUUUGGUCUAUCAGAUGGAGUAGUUAUAAACCUGUACUGAUUUCAUUGAACAUGUGAAAAUUAUCCCUUCUGA